AUGGCAGCAUCCCUAGAGAAACUCGCAUCGUACCUAGACGAGUACAAAAUCGUCAACUCCGUUUUUGCCAGUACGGUGACAGAUCCGGAUAAAAUUAAAUUAUUGACGCGUAAGGGUGUUUUCCCCUAUGAGUACUUUGACUCAAAAAGUAAGCUCGAUGAAACCGAAUUACCCCCGAUAGAGAAAUUUUAUAGUACUCUGUAUGACGCUGGUAUUUCUGAUGAUGAGUAUGCGCAUGCGCUAAAUGUAUGGACCGAGUUUGACUGUAAAAAUCUCUACGACUAUGUACAUUUAUACAUGAAAACAGAUGUAUUGUUACUUGCGGAUGUCUUUGAAAAUUAUCGAAAAGAAUGUGUCAAAGCGUACGGGUUAGAUCCUGCUCACUAUUAUACGACCCCCGGUUUAACUUGGGAUGCUAUGCUCAAGUACACGAAAAUAGGAUUGCAACUAAUAACCGAUAUCGAUAUGAUUAUGUUUGUUGAGUCCGGUAUUAGAGGUGGCAUAAGUCAAUGUUGCAACCGAUAUACUAUAGCGAAUAAUAGAUAUAUGGAAAAUUUCGAUGAUAGCAAAGAUACUAGCUACAUCAUGUACUUUGACGCCAACAAUUUAUAUGGCUGGGCAAUGGCUCAAGCGCUUCCUUAUGGCGGCUUCAAAUGGGUUGAAAAUGUCCACAACUCUUUCAAUUUUAAUGUAUCCGACGAUUCACCUGUUGGAUACAUACUCGAAGUUGACUUGGAGUAUUCUGAAAGUAUUCACGAUACCCACAAAGACAUGCCAUUUUGUGCAGAAAAUGCGAAACCCCCCCUCUCGAAACAGGAGAAAUUACUUAGAACUCUCCUACCCAAAGAAAAAUAUGUGAUCCACUAUCGAACUCUCAAACAAGUUGUUGCUAAUGGUAUUAAACUUGUUAAAAUCCACCGAGUCUUACAGUUUAAGCAAUCAACAUGGAUUAAACCAUACAUCGACUAUAAUACGAUGAUGCGAACCAACGCCAAAAUUGAGUUCGAGAAAAAUUUGUUCAAGCUCAUGAACAACGCUGUGUACGGCAAAACAAUGGAAAAUGUCCGUAAACAUGUCGACAUUAAGCUUGUCACCCAAUCGUUUGGCCGCUAUGGAGCUGAAGCCCUAAUCUCUCGCCCGAAUUUCCGUAGUCGAGCGAUUUUCGAUGAAAAUCUGGUUGCCAUUAAACUGCGUAAAACCGAGGUACUACUCAACAAACCAAUCUAUGUGGGGUUAAGUGUGCUUGAUGUAUCCAAGACGUUAAUCUACGAUUUUCACUACGGGUAUAUGUUAAAAAAAUACGGCGACAAUUGUAAACUGAUGUAUACCGAUACAGACAGUCUAAUCUACGAAAUUAAAUGUAAAGAUGUCUACAAUGACAUGAAAAAUGACAUCCAAAAGUUCGAUACGUCAGACUAUCCCGCAAACAACGUGUACGGCAUUCCGCAAGCCAACAAAAAGAUUCUCGGUCUAAUAAAAGACGAAUGUAACGGCAAGAUCGUUACCGAAUUUGUUGACUUGCGGAGUAAGAUGUACAGUGUACGGGUUGAAGGUGAAGACAUUAUUAAAAAAGCCAAAGGCAUUAAAUCCGGCGUUGUGAAAAAAUCGAUUCACUUUGAUGAUUAUGUAAAAUGUCUGCAAAAUUUCGACAUUCAAACUCGAACACAGUAUAAUAUUAGAUCACGACUACAUAACCUUGAGACUGUAAAACAGGUAAAAGUAGCUUUAAGUCCGCAAGACGACAAACGGUAUUUGUUACCGGGGAGUACCGACACUCUACCGUGGGGACAUAAUGCGAUCCCUAAAAUCGACGAAUGA